AUGGUGAUUGAUUUCGAUUGCAGAGAUUACUGUGGAGAGGAAGUGCAAGAGCUACCUAUGGGAAACUCAUGUGCUACUGGCGCCUGCAGAGGAGCAAAGAAGGGAUCCGACCUGGCACCUUCUUCCGCGAAAGGAGGAUUAAACCAGGGAUCCGACGUGCCACCUCCUCCCGAGGGAGACGGAGCAAACCAGGUAUCCGACGAGGCACCUUCAACCGCGGUGCAGAAUACCUACAAGUGGAGGAUCGAUGGUUUCUCCUCGCUUGUUGAGAAGGGAAAAGGACCGACCUACUCCAAUGUGUUUCAGAUGAAGAAGGGGCUCAACUGGCACUUGGUAGUGAACCUAAGGGACACAAAGAGUGGCGACCAGAAUGAGUAUGUUUCUCUUCAGCUUGAGUUGGCAACUGUGAGGCCGGACACGAUCGUGGAGACAACUUUGAAGUUUUUGAUAUAUGACCAGUUAUUCGGAAAACAUCAUGAACAGCAAGUUAGCCACAAUUUCGAGACAGGAAGCACAUGCUCUGGAACCUCAUGCAUGAUUCCUCUCGCGGCAUUCAAUGCAAGAGGCGCUGUUUGUUCAGAAGACGAACAAUGUCUGCAGUGA